AUGGAAAAAACAUUUAUAAUGAUCAAGCCUGACGGGAUAAAACGAAGGCUAAUCUCGAAGAUAAUUCAAAGAUUUGAGGAGAAAGGGCUAUACCUAGCAGCCUGCAAAUGUAUGAUGGCCAAGAGAGAGGUUUUGGAGCAGCACUACUCCCAUCUGUCGAGCAAGCCUUUCUUUAACGAAAUGGUGGAGAGUAUGAUGUCUGGGAUGGUUCUUGCAAUGGUGUGGGUCGGAAAAAAUGCAGUUUCUGUGGGUAGAAAGUUGAUUGGGGAGACUGAUCCACAGGCAGCCUCUUCUGGAACCAUUCGAGGAGAUUACGGACUUACGGUGGGGAAAAACAUCAUCCAUGGAUCAGACUCUGUCGAAAAUGCAGAGAAAGAAAUCAAGCUCUGGAUCGGAGACGAUGUCCUGCCUGUUUCUUUCUUUGAUGAAGCCUGGAUUUAUUAA